AUGGUUGUGGCUAUGUCCAAAGGUGAUGAUGGCAAAACCAAUGGUGUUCAUAUUGAAAAUGGUUUUUCAAAGAGAUUUCUUAAUGGUUUUGAUGAACAUGAGGACAGUGAAAGUGAUGAAGAUUAUGAUUCACCUGAGGUUCUAAAGCAAUCCAUUUUAGAGGGUCCAAGAGUAGCAAUUGGUUUUGAUGAUGGAUGUGUUAGAAUUUACACUAUAUCUGAUUCAAAUGAAUUUAUAUACUUAAAAUCCUUGACCCGGGUAUCAGGACGAGUUUUAAGUGUGGCUUUGAGCGUCGAUGCUAAAUUCAUAUUUUCAGGGAGUAGUGAUGGGAUAAUAUGUAUCUGGAAUGCCAAAUCAGGUCUUGAAGCCCAUAGGAUUCAAGCUAGACUCGGUGGUGACAGUGGACAUGAACUUUGUAUAUGGUCACUACUGUAUUUGAGGUCUGGGACACUUGUUAGUGGAGACAGCAGUGGGAGCGUCCAGUUUUGGGACUGCCAGAAAGGAGCUUCGUCUCAAGAACCUAUUACUCGUCACAAGGGAUAUGUACAUGCUUUGGCAGCAGCCCUUAAUCACAAUAUGGUGUUCUCUGCCGGUUCUGAUGGAAAGGUUGUUCUUUAUAAACUGUCUUCAUCAACCAUGGAGAAAGAGAAUUGGGUAUAUGUUGACUAUAAAAAAGGUCAUUCACAUGAUGUCCGAGCCUUGACUAUUGCUGUGCCAAUUAGCCAAGAAGAUACUUUGCCUGAUGAAAGGAUCAAAAGAACUCGUCUUGAAUUAAAGCCAGACGAUUCUAGUUAA